AUUUAGAAAAGAAACAAAAAGAUUUGAAGAAUAAAUUAAUAUUGAAGAAAUUACUCGGAAUUUUAAAACUUGCAGGUCAAGUACUGAGUUUUACUGGCGGCCCUAUUGGAAUGGUUGGCAAUGGAAUAAAAGAGGGAGCUAAUAUGAUCGCACCAGCUUUCUCAGAGAAUAAUAGUGAAUCAAAAUAUGAAAUUCCUUCGGGUGUAAAAGAUUCUUUAAAUCGAAUAGAAAAAAUUCUCAAAGAUGAUCAAAUAAAAAUUGCUAAACAACAAUUCCAAAAAUUAUCUGAUGAAUGUAAAAAGCAUCCUCAAAAGUUUUCAGAUAUUAUAGGUGAAAUUAAUAAGGUAGCUGGUAAUCAAGAUUAUGUAAAAAUAGUAAAGGUGAUACAAGACAAGUUAGAACAAAAACAAAAAGAAUUAGAAGAGAACUUAAAAAAACCUAAGAGAAAUGACUUUGCUACUAAUGAUCAAGAAACUACUACACGUAAUAAUCAAGAAACGUUAGAAAUACUACAAAAUCUUAAUAAUGAAAUUAAACUUGUCGAAACAGCAUUUGAGGUAUAUAAUGAAUAUCAAAAAGACAAAGAAAAACUUGAUAAAAUAAAUGAUUCGAUCAAGCAAGCCGAAGAAGAAAUUAAAAAAUUACAAUCGUAUGAAGAAAAUAUUCAUAGUAAGAUUAUGCUUAUGGUCGAAAACAUGCAAAAUGAUAUUAUUAAUAUAGGAGAUCGAAUGGACAAAAAAUCCCAUGUUUUUCUUGACUUAACCAGAUGGCAAGUGCAAGCUUCAUUAAAAGACAUGAAGUUUACAUUUCAACAAAUUGUUGAAGGAUUUCCUGAAAUCAAAGACUAUUUAGUAUAUUAUAUGGAAAAGUUAGAUGAAGGAAUGACUACUAUUAUUAACUUAUAUGAUCGUAUACAAGAUUAUUAUGAUCAGGCGAAGCUUACUAACUAUAUUGCGAAUAUUAGUUCACCAAUGAUUACUGAAAUAGAGGACAAAAAAUUAAAAGAAGCUAUUGAAGACCUAGAACAAAAAUUAAAAUUCAACAUUAUAUUAGGGCAUUAUAAAAAAGCAAUAAGCGCAUUCAGACAAUGGGUGUUUCCAUUUGCAUAUAUGUAUUCAAAUGUAUUUAGUUUACAGUUAGAUAAUAGUAAAGAAGCCAUUGACAGCAUUGUUGAACAAAUAUCACACUUGAAAACAGACAUUAAAAGCUAUAAUGCAACUAUUAAUCAGAAGGACGGAAUUUUGGUGGAUGGAAAAUUUGGUGUUAGUAAUACAUCACCAUUUUUUGUGUGGGAAAAUAAAAAAUAUAGCCAGGAAAUAUCAGAAUUAUUAAAUGGAGAAGAAGUAAUCAUAAAAGCAUAUGUAAAAGAAAGUGACCGUAAUAAAAGUGCAAUUAAGUUUAAUAAAAUAGAAAUCAGAUUUAAAUCGAUAGAUAAAGCAAUGCAAAAUGAAAUUGAUAGCGAGCUUAAAAACUUUGACGUUACGAUGAUUCAUCUAGGCAACUCAUAUUAUAGAUAUGGUGAUAAGUUUUAUGUAAUUAGAAGUGAUCAAGCUAUUGAAGUUUAUUAUAGUUUUAAGAAAGAUAAAGAAGGUCCAGUUAGAAAAAACACCAUAUAUAAGAAAAUUAAUAUGGGUGACAUAAUGCUUAGCCCUUAUACUAUGUGGAAAAUAAAGCUUAAAUCCAAUAGUGUUGAUUUUAGUAAACUAAAGGCAUAUAAAGAUAAUGUAGACCUAGAAUUGAUAGGACAUGGAACAUAUGUUCAUAGCGACAACAUAAACAAAGAUUACUACCAAGAAUUAUUAACAGGUUAA